AUGCCAAUAGGGUUUAGCCACAAGCACAGCAUGUUUGUUUUCAAUGAAUUUGCAAUUGAUAGUUUGGGAGACAGUUUAGAAGGGGCGCUGAGGUUUUACGGGAGCUCCGACGUGAAAGUCGAGGGCAUAACGAUUCUAAACAGUCCUCGGUGCCAUCUCAAGUUCGAAAAUUGCAGGGGAGUCGAGGUGAAAGAUGUGACUGCCUCAUCUCCUCCGGACAGUCCAAACACGGAUGGAAUCCUGCUGUCAAACUCCAUGCAUGUGCGAAUUCGUUCGAGUAAUCUUGUCUGCGGGGAUGAUUGUGUUUCCAUCAUAGCAGGAUGCUCGAACGUAACUGUUGAAGAUGUACGAUGUGGACCGCGGCAUGGAAUCAGCAUUGGAAGCUUGGGAGAGAAGGAAACCAAAGAGUGUGUCUCGGACAUCAUCUUUGUUGAGGACAUUGAGAGGAGUAUUUUGAGGGGUUUCAGUGGGGAUGGCUCUAGAGAGAAGCCAGAGCAUGUUUAUCUUAGAGAGAGAGUAAAAUGA